ACAGUACACUGUGAACGUACGUGAAUCAAACAAACCAUCAUGUCUGCUGCAACUCCAAAAGUUAAAGUUAAGAAGGCCUCAAAGCCUAAGAAACCAGCAACUCAUCCCACAUACAGUGAAAUGGUACGAGCUGCUAUUACGGCAAUGAAGGAGAGAGGAGGCUCAUCCAGACAAAAGAUCAAAAAGUACAUUAGUGCCAACUACAAAGUCAAUGAAGACAAGCUGUCCAGCGGAGUGAAGUUGGCUAUCAAGAAAGGAGUAGCUUCCAAAAGCCUUGUCCAGGUGAAGGGAAGCUUCAAAUUAGCCGCGGGGGAGAAGACCAAAACCAAAACCAAAAAGGCAAAGAAGCCCACCAAACCAAAGGUAAAGAAAGUGACAAAGACAAAGAAAACCGGAGAAAAGAAAACAAAACCAGCAGCCAAGAAGCCAAAGAAGCCGAAAACACCAAAAAAGAAGACUGCAAAGUCCCCAGCAAAGAAAUCUGCUAAACCCAAGACAGUAAAGAAAUCUCCAAAGAAGGCAGCAAAGAAACCAGCAGCGAAGAAAGCUGCUAAGAAACCAGCAGCGAAGAAGUAAAUUGUGAGUUAACUUUUCACUAACAAACUAUUGUGUUGAUUUGUUGGAUUUCUUCGUAAGGCAGCAUUUCUGUGGCACGUGUUGAACGCUGAAUGGAAUAGACAAUGCUACGGUGAAUAAUGUACUUCAUCAACUCUUGGACUAACUCUGGUGAUGUCACAAUUGACUGGAAGCUCUAAGGACCCCACGGAAGGACGCGGGACGUCCUUGGUGCAAGAGUUGAUGAUUCAUGGUUCAGUUUAAUCAUAUUAACAUUAAUUCAUUUAUCAUUUCAUUUUCAAUUUUCAUUCAUCAAUCACCUUCACAUCAUUUUAUUCAUAAACUUUUUAACCGUUAUUAAUGAAUGGCAAAUGUUUUAAAACGCUGCUAGUGCUGUUUGUUAUAUAACUUGUUGAUUGUGUUUCUUCUGUGAAGAUUUCUAUAUUUAUUGUCAUAUUUUUAACGCAGAGUAUCUUGUAUAAAAUAUGAAAACCCUU